AUGUCACUUCGAUACGAUUGGUAUCAAUUAAAGGAUUACGUUGUGAUUGAUGUAUUUGAAAAAAAUAUCCCAAAAGAAAAUGUAACAAUUACAUUUGAAGAUGAACAAGUCACAAUUGAAGUAAAGAAAGGUGAAGAAAUAUUAACUCAAAUUAUUGAUCAUUUAUAUGGAAAUUACAUUAUUGACCAAUCUACUUAUAGGGUUGGAGCUGUUAAGAUAGAAAUUAAAUUAAAGAAGAGUGAUGCUAGUCAAUGGGAAAACCUUACAAAAACUCAACAAAAUCAUCACCAACAAUCUGCUACAAAUAUCUUUAGAAAAGAUUGGAAUUCAGUAGAUAAAGAACUUGAAACUGAAUUGAAAGAUGAUGAAAAAGAAGGAGGUCCUAAUGCUAUGUUCCAACAAUUAUAUGCUAAUGCCACUGAUGAUCAACGAAGAGCCAUGAAUAAAUCAUUUUUAGAAUCUGGAGGAACAUGUCUUAAUAUGAAUUGGGAAGAAGUUGGAAAGAAAAAGGUUGAAGGUUCUGCCCCUGAAGGAGCUAUUAUGAAAAAGUGGGGAGAAGAUUAA